GUCGCCAAUAAAGAUAUCCGAUCGUGAAGGGACCAAUAAAAGCCCUGAUAUCUGAACCGUGAAAAGCGCCGCUGCAGCAGGAAUUGAAGAUCUGAUCAGACAGCGAGAGGGCGGGAGCUCAGCGUAAUUUAUAGACUCGAAGCUUGGCGAAACAAACUACAUGUAUCAACCGACACAGAUACACGCUGUGACUCUCUCUCCUCUCCGACAGUGAGUUUGACAGUUGACACCCAUCCGCGUCUUGUUGAUUACAGAGUCUGAAUGUCCACGCGGGAUUGCAGGAAAUUCAUCUAGUGUGCUUGAAACAGGAUAACCAUGUCACUGUAUCCAUCUCUAGAAGACAUGAAGGUGGAUAAGUUCAUGCAGGCACAGAACACCCCCACUGCAAACCCAUUAAAGGCUUUACCUCUUCCCGAACCUUCCAGAUGCCAGAAUGAGCCUUACUAUGAUUCAAAAUCUGAAGAGAUAGCUACUUCUAGCAGGUUGUACCCUGAGCUGAAUGAGUUUAUGGGUCUAAAUCUCAGUGCAGAUGCUCAACAAACUCUUUCCUCUUUAGUUCCUGACCAGACCAGUGGGGCUCGUAGUGUCUGCAUACCUAGAAUGAGCUGGGAGGCAGCCCCCAUAACAGGAAGUGACCUGGGGGUGAAGAGGGCAGAGAUUCGACAGGGUGUACGGGAGGUGGUGCUUUGCAAAGACAUGGAUGGGAAGAUUGGCCUCCGCCUCAAAGUCAUAGAUAAUAGCGUGUUUGUGCAAUUAGUGCAGGCUAACACUCCUGCAGCACUGGCAGGGCUGCGGUUUGGUGAUCAGAUUCUGCAGAUCAAUGGCAAAUCAUGUGCUGGCUGGAGUAGUGAUAAUGCACAUAAGGAGCUUAAGAAUCCCAGCCCAGAGAAGAUCACUUUGGCUGUGCGAGACAGGCCAUUGGAACGAACUGUUACUCUUCACAAGGACAUGAACGGGCAGCUCGGCUUUCUUUUUAAAAAGGGUCGAAUCACUUCAAUAGUAAAAGACAGCUCAGCUGCACGUAAUGGCCUCCUUACUGAUCAUCAGAUCUGUGAGAUCAAUGGUCAGAAUAUAAUUGGACUGAAGGACUCCCAAAUCACAGACAUCCUUAAUUCCAGCGGAGGUGUUGUCACGGUAACUGUGAUGCCAGAGGUUAUUUUUGAACACGUGAUGAAAAGGAUGUCCAGCAGUAUUGUAAAGUCACUAAUGGAUCAUUCUAUUCCUGAGGUGUGAGAUCGUUCGGAUCAAACUGCACAGCUGAGGAUGAUUUGGCCACAGCUUGGAGAGCUGGCAUUUUGUCUGGAGCACAAGUUCAGUUGUUCUGUAAUCAUUUACUUAACUUUGUUUUAAACCCAUAUGCCUUUCUGAUGCAUCACACAAAAGAAAGUUAGGCCAUAUGCAGAAUGUUCACGCUGCUCUUUUCCUUAAACUGAAAGUAGGGUUGGAUGCUUUUGAACUUAAAAAAAUACAGAAAACCAUGAAAGUAAAGUAAUUAAUACAACUUAUUGUGCUAUAUUCUAACUCGUAUGAAGCCAAAUGUAGUGUGGAACUCAUCGAAAUUAAAGUCAUUAUGCACUGAUAAUAAAAUUCACAAAGCUUCUCCUCUGCCAUAGCUGUCAAAUGGCAUUCACACUUUUGCAUAUUAAAACUGGUUCAUCACGAUCAAUCAUGACACGCAAUGACCAAUGUUGUUUGGCAUCAUUAAUGUGUGUGACGUGUCUUCACACUUCAUAAUUUUAUAUACAUAAACACAAAUAAAGAGCUGCAGUAGUGAAGAUUUUCAGUAAAUAACAAUUUAAACAUCAGUAUGUUUAUUGUAUAACUUUAGAAGA